AUGCAACAGACUCGCAUUGUGCAGCUUAAGGGUUGGGCCGACGUCAGCUUCCAUGGCUCCCCUCAAAUCCCUACACCAAACUUGGACGCCCUGGCCAGCACGGGAGUGGUUUUAAACAACUACUACGUCAUGCCUCUGUGCUCGCCUUCCAGGGGAGCGCUCAUGAGUGGCCGCUAUUGCAUACACAUCGGUUUCCAGCAUUGCGUUCUACUACCGGCACAACCAGGGGGCUUGCCGCUCGAACUGACGAUUAUGCCCCAGCAUUUCAGGGACUUGGGCUAUGAGACGCACAUGAUCGGAAAGUGGCAUCUCGGAUACUCCACCGAGCAGUACAUGCCCACGAACCGAGGCUUCGACAGCUUCCUCGGCUUGCACACAGGCCCCGAGGACUACUACAGCCACAUUCUUAGAUGGCCUCUGUUCCUUUACCUGGCUCAUCAGGCCACGCAUGCGGGCAUCGAACCGUACCUGCUUGAAGCCCCCACAGAGAACGUGGCCAAAUUUCCCUACAUUAAUGACAUAGAGCGGACACAUUACGCAGGAGCGCUCGACGCCAUGGACCAGUCCGUCGCCGAGGUACUACAAGAGCUGGAAGCGGCAUCGAUGCUCGAGAACACCGUCAUAGUGUUCAGCAGCGACAAUGGCGGGGCCCCGCAGAAUAAUUCUCUCUCCAACUGUGCGAACAACUCGCCGUUGCGUGGAAGCAAGGGCUCCCUCUGGGAAGGCGGCGUCCGCGUAGCCGCUUUCCUCUGGACUGCCGACCUUCUCCCACACCGACGGGUGUCGCAUCAGUUGAUGCAUAUUACCGACUGGCUUCCCACGCUCUACUCCGCAGCCGGAGGCGACGUGACGAGUCUUGGUGAACUCGAUGGCUUCGACAUGUGGAGCGCGCUCAACGUUGGCAAACCGUCGCCACGCACCGAGAUUCUCCUCAACAUUGACCAGCAGGGGGGCAAGGCUGCACUGCGCACCCAAGAUUUCAAGCUGGUAGUGGGCGACGAAUCAUAUAGCGACGGGUACUUUCCAAUUGCUGGCGGAAGCCGUCCCCCUUCUUCCCCGGACCUGGACUCCUUGCUACGGCAAUCUCCAGCCGCUGCUGUACUCACGCGGCUCUACGAACAAGAAGACGUCUUCAAAAACAUUGGACGCUGGAGGGAAGAAGCGACUCUUACAUGCGAUGACGACGUCAACAAAAACUUUGAAUCGGGUGAAACCUACUACCUCUUCGACGUCGCUCGGGAUCCUUGCGAGCAGCGUAACCUGGCCAAGGACCAGCCGGAACUCCUGUUCGCGCUACUGGACAAGCUAUCUGUCUACAACAAGACCGUAGUUCCUCCUGUGAACGACACAAUAGAUCCAAGAGGAUAUCCACAAUACAACGAUGGUAUUUGGAAACCUUGGCUAUAG